AUGUCAACAUUGCUGAGAAUUGGGGCACUCUCUAAACAGUACACAGGGAGCUCAGGAUUCCAACGGCAUGGGGCUGCUCUGCUUCAGGUUUCUUCUGAACGUGCCAGGUCUUGUGAAACGAAGCACCCUAUUACGUGGGAACAAAGCCUCCAGGACCACACAUUGUACGUUAGUACUACCCUCUCUUGCACAUUUGCAGCAGAAUUAGCUUGCCUAUCCACAGGUAUAACCAACUGUAAUCAUGAGGAAGAGAGCAUUUGGUCUCAGCACAUCUGCUCCACGUUGAUGCCUUCCCUCUCCGCUACAGAAAGUUAA